GACCAACAUUCCCUUCUCGACUUCAUCGUCCUCGAAGCACUAAGAUUGCACCCUCCCAUCCUCGAGAAUCAUCACCAGGCUUCCGAAACCAUUGCAGUGCCUUUAUCUGAAUCGCUUCCUGAAACCUCUUCCUCUGUCCUUGUCAUUCCGAAAGGCACAAUCCUCUUCAUCCCUGUGAAUGUCAUGCAGACCGACCCUGAAAUUUGGGGAGAAGACGCACACCUGUUUCGCCCGUACCGAUUCCAGGAUCGAGCCAUGGAGCGCCAACUUUUUGUAUUUAGCGAGGGACCUCGCGCUUGCAUCGGCAAACGUUUCGCUUUGACUGAAAUCAAAGUUCUGACUGCCACCCUCAUCCGCCAGUUUUCCUUCAGGUGUGCACACGAAAUAGAACCGUUCCAGAGUUUUGUCAUUCGACCGAGAGUCAAAGGGCAGGGCCCAAGCUCGCUUCCGCUCCUCGUUCGUCGCCUGUAG